CCUCCCCUCGUCAUGUGACCCCCCUCCCCACCUCGCUCUCUCUCUCUCUCUCUUGCUAUUUCUCUCUCUGCGCGCAGGCAUACCACAUUCCAAGUCGCUCCUCUCUCCUCUGUCCCGAUUUAGCUCAGCGCCGAGCUGAGCCCCCACGCCGUCCAUUCGCCCAUUGUUUCCGCGGCGGCGGCGGCGGCAACGUGAGCCAAAGCGAGGGCCGUACAAUUUCCGGCACGGCGCGGCCCGAGCCUACAUUACCGCUCCAGCCCCCGGCGCUGCAAAGGUUUGGGCGCUGCGCCAUCCAUCGCGCCCGGCGCCGGUUGGUUGAUUCGGGGGCGCGGUCCCGGCCAUGGCGCAGCUGCCGCCCAAGGUCCCCGCCAUGGCGCCGGCCUGGCCGGACUUCGGGGGCGGGCACCACCACAGCGCCCACGCCCACGCCCGCCACCACCACCACCAGCGCAGCCCCUCCAUGGGCGCCUUCCUCGCCGCGCCAAUGCCGCCGCUCCCGCCCCCCGCCCCCGCGCAGCAGCAGCCGUCCUGGGUCGACGAGUUCCUCGACUUCUCGGCCGCCAAGCGCGGCGCGCACCGCCGCACGGUCAGCGACUCCGUCGCCUUCCUCGAGGACGACAAUGCCGGCGUCGCCGGCGCGCACGAGUUCGACCGCCUCGACGACGACCAGCUCAUGUCCAUGUUCUCCGACGAGCUGGCCCCGCAGCGCCAGGCGCAGGCCGCCAGCGCGUCGUCGCCGUCCGAUCACAACAGCGUCAACGACGAGAAGCAGGACAGGGGCGACGCCGAGGAGGCGCAGAGCGACUGCAAUGGCGACGACGGCGCGGCGCCCGGGCAGCCGUCCUCGCCCGCCACAGCCGAUCCCAAGCGGGUCAAGAGGAUCCUUGCAAACCGGCAGUCGGCGCAGCGGUCGCGCGUGCGCAAGCUGCACUACAUCUCGGAGCUCGAGCGCAGCGUCACGUCGCUCCAGACGGAGGUGUCGGCAUUGUCCCCGCGCGUGGCAUUCCUGGACCACCAACGCUCGCUGCUGACGCUGGGGAACAGCCACCUCAAGCAGCGCAUCGCGGCGCUCGCGCAGGACAAGAUCUUCAAAGACGCUCAUCAGGAGGCACUGAAGAAGGAGAUAGAGAGGCUGAGCCAAAUCUACCAGCAGCAGCAGAGCCUCAGGGACGCGCAACCCCCGGCGGACGGCGACGGCCCCCCGGUCCGCGGCGACGACAACGACGGCCUGAUCGCCGGCGAGGGGACCGCCGCGGCCUCGUGACCGAGAUCCGGCCCGUCGGCCUCAGGACAACCGAGUGUUGUCGCUGUUGUUAGGAUUUGGUGCACUGCAUUCAUUGGCUUGGGUUGGGCUUGCAUUUCCUCGGGGUGUGGUGUGAUUGAUGUGUAUGUAACUCAGCCUGUUCAUGCUGCUUAUUUGUUCAUUCUUGCGUCCUCCGUCUGCUCCUGAUCGCUCUUCUCCACUUCCCCUGAUCUGUAAUUUUUUUCUCCGGCAUUUUGGGCGAAGGUCGUAGCUAAGGAUUUGUAAAAACUCGGAUUGGUUGAGGUCGAGUGGUUCCAUUGCUUGGCUGGUUUCCUUGUAUCUUCUGGUCAGUCAAUCAAAUGCAAUGUUUUCUCUCA